GAGGGACGGACGGACGGAGAACUGGGCCCCCCGCCUCUUCUCGCUGUGGGAGUUUGAUGUUGUUAAUCAUGGCGGGUCUGAGGCAGACAAAGGCGCUGAGACCCACUCCUGAAGUGCAGAUUUAAGAAAGUUUCUCGCGUGGUCUUUUUCUUUUUUUAAAAGAAAGAAAAUUUAAAAAUAUAAAUGAAACAGCCAGCUCCUUUCUGGGUAAGAGAAAGCACUCUGGUUAUGUUUAAAUGGAUGAGAUUAUUUCCAAGAAUCGCAGAGGAAGCUGAUAAGGUGCAGUAACACAAUGUCACACUACACAGAUGAGCCCAGGUUUACAAUCGAACAGAUUGACUUGCUGCAGCGACUUCGGAGGAGCGGGAUGACAAAACGUGACAUAAUCCACGCGCUGGAGACCUUGGACCGACUUGACCAAGAGCACUCUGAGAAAUUUGGCAAACGGCACAGCUACAACAACAGUUCCCACAGCAACAGUAACAACGUCCCUGCUUCAUCCUCGACAGUCACAGCCGCGACACAGACACAGUACAGUGGCGCAUCGCCAUCUCCGAGUAACAGCUAUGACACCUCACCACCACCGUGCAGUACUAACCUGAAUGGGCGGGAGAGCUACAGCAACGAGAAACUGCCAGUGGCCAAUGGCAGGCUGUCACCUAACCGUUUCCACACAACCAGUAGCCAGAGGACUGGAAAUUUCCAUGCCAUGGAAGAAGAGACAGACCUGGAAGAAAGGGUUGAAGAGCUUAUGAGGAGGGACAGCACUGCUGUUAAAGAAGAGAUAAAGAGCUUUCUUUCUAAUCGGAUGAUUUCCCAGACUAUCGUGGGCCAGGUCACAGGCAUGAGUCGAAGCUUCAUUUCCCAGUGGCUCUUGCAGCAAGGACUUGACAUGAGUGAACCCAAGAAGCGGACUUUAUACAGAUGGUACCUCCUGGAGAAGAUGAAUCCAGGAGCUACCCUAAACAUGAGGCCAGCCUCAUCCACCACGGAGGAACCAGAGUGGAAACAAUCAACACCACCCGUUGGUGCCACAUCGGGCAACUUCCGUCUCCGAAGGGGCAGCCGAUUCACCUGGCGGAAGGAGUGCCUAACUGUCAUGGAAAGUUACUUCAAUGAUAACCAAUACCCAGAUGAAGCUAAGAGAGAGGAGAUUUCAAAUGCUUGUAAUGCAGUCAUACAGAAACCAGGUACAGAGCAGUGUGUUUAA